AAUCACUGGGAGGGAAGGAAACGAAACUCGGGAACAGCUAUCAGUAGGUAGGCUAAUGAUCGUUUUGUGAAAGCUAUUCAAGAAUCAAGAAGUUGCACAGUUUGGCUGGGUUCAAUAACCUGCAGGUUAGAACAUCCCUCAGUCGCCAACAUGCAGAAGCACGGAGCCAUGCUGUCUGCUUUGUGGAUUUUGCUUCUCCAUGUUUCUCCUCUCGGAUCCAUGAAAUUGAGCCUUUUCAAAAGCCCGAUGGGGUCGCCAGAGGUUGGGGAUAUACGGUUGGCGGGUGCGGAGACCCACUCUCAGGGCCGGGUGGAGGUCUACCUUCACGGGGAAUGGGGAACCGUGUGUCACAACGGCUGGGAUCUGCCCGACGCGCAGGUGGUGUGUCGUCAGCUGCACUUCAAAGGAGCCGUAUCUGCCGUCGCUGGAGGGUCGUUUGGCGAAGGAUCCGGACAGAUUUGGCUUGACCGGACGAAGUGUGUUGGCACAGAGAACUCUCUUUCCAACUGUUCCUACAAUGGAUGGGGAAUAAGGGAUUGCACACACAAGCAAGAUGCUGGAGUUAUUUGUGUAGCAGGCACUAGUGAGAACUAUGUGGACCAUAGUCUUGAUCUGUCUGAGGAUCUUGGGCAACUCUUUGACAGUGAGGAUGGCUGCGACUUCCUUAUCCAAGGACAAACUUACACCGGCCUUGAACAAUACGAUGGGGAGAUGGUGAACACAACAGUGUGCGCACACAGGAUGAUCCUCUCACGUUUCCCUGGCUUCAAAGCCUCGACUGAUGUCGACCAAAUAUCAAUUAAUCUCACCCAGAAUUGCCGUCCUCAUCUACCCAGUUUGAUCAGGUACGUUUACACGCGGAGACUGGAAGUAACCAUGACUACGGCCGAGUGUUUCCACCAGUUGGCGUCGCACUUUGGAAUGAGGAGGUUGAUGGAGGACGCCGGGCGCCUUUUCACCAAGCUUCUCCCUGAGGACCCCUCCUUCCUCACCCAGGUAUCCUUCUACGAGUACUCGGUGGGAGCAGGCGACCGGGUGCUGCAGGAGAACUGUCUCCAGUACAUGGCGUGGAACUUCCAGAAGCUCAGCACCUCCAAGGCCUGGAGCUCUGUGUCAGCAGAACUGUUGCAGGCCCUUCUGUCCCGCUCUGACCUGGUGGUGCCGGGCGAGACCUUCGUCCUGGCAGCGCUGGAGGACUGGGUCUCCCAGGUGAACCGGACGACCAAUGAGGAGCAGCAGGCCGUCUUGUUGGCCCGCGUGCGCUUCCCUAUGAUCCCCGCCAAGGAGCUCUUCGAGGUACGCUUCACCUCCGCCCUCUACUCCGCCCAUAAGACUCUGUAUCAGGAGAAGCUUCUGAAAGGGUUCGAAGCGCACUCGCUGCCCUUCGGCACUCUGAAGAACAGCUCCACUUUCCAGAGAAACGACCAGGAUUACCAGCCCAGGAUCUACACUGGCCCGCCGUGGAGCGUUACCGUUAACCAAAGCGUAGAAAACGUCCAGCGUCAGAUCAACAACCAGUACAACCAUCGAGGCAGUUAUAGAGGCAGUUAUUACAACACGCCGAUGCCGAGAACAAUUCAAACUCAAAGCACACCUGUCCACAUCAGCGCUCUCUUCGCGGACAAAAUGGUUAACUGGCAGCUGAACCUCUUCAAAAAGCAAAGCGACUGUUCCAACCGUGGUGUGCGGUGUGAUUCACUACCUGCGGCCAGAAUGAGAAUGUCCACGUCCAACUUCCAGUACCAGGGCAGCAUCCGCUACAGCAACCGGCUGCUGUUAAGCUGCCAAGGAAGAUACAUUUUCCACAUUAUGGACUUCAAGGGUACAUUUGCUUAUGUGCCCACUGGCGAGAAUGUAACGUACCCCUGCACCGAUGAAGAGUAUAUCUACCACUUUGUGGUGAGGCCCGAAUACAUCUGAGCCCACCGCCUCUCGGUGGUGGUGAUGCUGGUAGGGGUGGUGGGGGUGGUGGGGUCGGUGGUGGUGGUGGUGGGGGUGGUGGGGUCGGUGGUGGUGGUGGGGGUGUUGGUGUUGGUGUUGGUGUUGGUAGGAUGGGGGUGGUGGGGAUGUAAGAUUUGUGAUGGGCAGUCAUAGUUGUGUUUACAUGCAAUAGCCUUUAUGUUUGCUGCCUUUGAGAGGCGGUGACGGAUCUCGGUGCCCCUCUUGUCUCCUCUGAACCUUGGUUCGAUCUUGGUUUGGUUUUGGCCUGCCUCUGGUUACUGGGAUCAAACCCUACUUAACUCAUGAGAAAGCCAACGCUGCCAAGUAUGCUUUGAAAGCCUUAAAAUAAAAGAAAUUCAAAUAAAUCUGUCUUUU